AUGAAUAUCAAUGGUAACCUGGUACCUAUCAAUCGUACGAGAAGAGAAGAGGACUGGAACACUUAUUGGAAUGAUGAGAUUCAAGGGAUUCCGGCGGUUUAUGAGCACCUAUCAGAGUUAUUAGAAUACAAAUGUGCACCGGAAGUCGUCGUGUCCCGGAAGACCCUCUGGUUGUUAAGUUAUAUUGAGAAGAGACAUGGAGAUAACUAUGAAUUAUUUAUUGAAGAUUUAAACGAAGAAGUCUGUCAUUUCAUUCUAAAGAAUUAUCAUCCGAAAGUAGUGAGGAUGUUGUCGUUACCGAAUAACUUCCCAAUCGCACAAUACAUGAAUUCGAUUAAAUCUCUAUUUAGUCUCUGCGAGUUAUCGAUUACUCUCGACGAUCUACUUAACAUGAACUGUUUGGAGCUAGUUUUAUUGAAUAAUGUGUUCACUGGCACUGAAAUGAAAGGGAUCCUCCAACAUUGGGCUAUCGGAGGGUUCAAACGACUCAAAUUCCUCCGAGUAUGUGUUGAAGACUUGAAUAUGGAAGACGUACUCGGAGAGUUAACUCACUCUCGGAUGACAGAAAAGAAAACAUAUAAGUAA